AUGGAGGAGGAGGAUACACGUGAAGUUUUGCUACCCAACUGGAAAGGCAGCGGGUCUAUGGGAUUGACCCUAGACCAGAAUGACGAAGGAGUGUUUGUAAAACAAUUGGUGGAGAACUCACCGGCUGCCAAAACGGGAGUUGUUAAAGAAGGUGACCAGAUUGUGGGUGCAACAGUCUAUUUUGACAACAUGUCAUCGGAGGACAUUCAGAAGCUGCUAUCAACCGUCGGCCAUCACACAGUAGGUCUGAAGCUACAGAGAAAAGGUGAUCGAUCCCCUCUGCCUGGUGCAACCUAUUCACACGACGUCUUCAGCCUGAAAAGUCCCGAUGUUGUUCUGAGUGGGGAUGAUGAGGAAUAC